UGCAAGGCCCCAUGCAUGUCAUCGUAUCGGUAGCACAUGCCCGUCAUGAUCUGGAUGUUUCAUCAUGGUGUAGCUCAGCACCCACCCGCCAUCAUCCAAAAAAGUAAAAGCCCUCACGCCCACCAUGGAUGCUAGUGGCCAGCUCUUAUCCUCCCUUAGUUAAUUGGGUUAGUGGUCUGCUCUCACUGGAACGGCGGCUUUAUUUUAUCUCACGCUAGCUCGAUAUGCUGCGCCGUCUCGUUGCAUCCAGUGACAGGCACGGAGACGAUGGAUGCUGCUGCCGGUGGUGCGGCAGGCGGGCUGGAGGUGGUGGUGUUCCCGUGGCUAGCGUUCGGGCACAUGAUCGCUUUUCUUGAGCUCUCAAAGCGCCUGGCGGAGAGGGGCAACGCCGUCACCUUCGUGUCCACGCCACGGAACCUCGCGAGGCUCCCGCCCAUGCCGGCGCACCUGUCAGCCCGCCUCCGCUUCAUGCCGCUGCACCUGCCGGCCGUGGAGGGGCUGCCGGAGGGCGCCGAGUCAACGGCCGACGUGCCGACCGACAAGAUCGACCUGCUCAAGAAGGCCAUGGACGGGCUCGCGGCCCCGCUCGCGGCUUUUCUCAUGGACACCGUCGCCGCCGGGAGGAGGCCGGACUGGAUCGUCCUCGACUUCUGCCACCACUGGGUGCCGCCCAUCGCCGACCAGCACAAGGUAGCAUGCGCCCUGUUCCAGAUCCUCCAUGCCGCCUUCGUGGCCUUUCUGGGGCCGCGUUGGGCGAACGCCGCGCACCCGCGCACGGAGCCGGAGCACUUCACCGUGCCGCCCAAGUGGAUCCCCUUGCCGUCCACCACCUUCUUCCUCCGCCACGAGGCCGAGUGGAUCGCCAGCACCUUGCGCACCAACGCGUCAGACGUGUCGGACGCAGACCGCACGUGGCAGGUCUUCGAGCUUUGCCGCCUCGUCAUCUGCCGUAGCUGCCAUGAGCUGGAGCCCCGGAUGUUCGCCCUCCUCUCCGAUCUCUUACGGAAGCCCGCCGUCCCCUCCGGGAUUCUGUUACCGGCGGCACCCGACGACCACCGGAAUAGCAGCUCAGGUGGCGUCGACCCUCACCACGUCCUGCGAUGGCUCGACGACCAGCCUCCCAAGUCUGUCAUCUACGUCGCGCUGGGGACCGAGGCGCCACUGACGCUAGAGAACAUCCAUGAACUCGCGCUCGGGCUGGAGCUCGCCGAGGUGCGAUUCCUCUGGCUGCUAGGCAAGCCUGCCGGAAGCAACAAAGUCGCCGGGCCAUUGCCGGCCGGGUUCGAGGAGCGGACGCGGGCGCGCGGUGUCGUCUGCACAGGGUGGGUGCCACAGAUGAAGGCGCUCGCGCACGACGCCACGGGCGCGUUCCUAACACACUGCGGGUGGGGCUCCACCAUCGAGAGCUUUGCGUUUGGGCUUCCACUGGUCAUGCUCCCGUUCAUCAUCGACACGCCUAUCAUCGCACGGUCGAUGGUGCAGAGAGGGAUCGGUGUGAAGGAGGUUGUCGUGGACGAGGGGCGCCAGGAGCAGUACAUCCACGAGCUCGAGGAACACCUGAGACGCUACAAAGACGUGUAAUAUAAUGGCCGUGGUUGUGCACUUGUAUGUUUGUGAGUCAUGAAAUUGAUUCGGUCGCACUUGUAUUAUUGGGAUCGUAUAUGGCUCAGGUAUUGAGCAUCUUGUCACUUUUUCACCUUAUACCUUUUCCUCUUAUAUAUUACUCC